AAGGCUUACAAUUUGUAAACACUUUGUUGAUUAGCUUUAUUGCGAAACAUCACAUCUCAAAAUACGUCAUUCUAGUGCGUUCCAGUCAUUUGUACUUUCACUUACGUUGCAUAUAAAUAGGCGCGAUACGUACAGACUCAAAGCAACAGUAUAUGGUCGCAGUGAAGAAUUUCAUAGUAACGUCAGUUGAAGGUAUGUCUCUUUACACACUCUUCGCCACGUGCUACAUGGUCGGGAUUGUUAUAUCAGGACCGGCACAAGACAUUAGUUCGCUACGAAUCCUAGGUUGCUCGUGUAGCACGUGUAACGUCGAGCAGAUCGGUUACGCCAUCCAUGGAAUCAUAAGAGCAACCUUUAAUGGUGGAGAGGUCCGAUGCUCUAGAGAGCCAAUUGAAGGUUUCGGUAGGAUAGUUGUUGGCUGGAAUCUGGCAUGUGACCUACCAAACACUUCCGGUCCGUUUGAAAUCAGUUAUGUAGGCGCCGCUCACCAGCUCUGUGGAAUCAGCUUUGACCGUGUGUCCCUCUCGAACUGCUCUGUUUUUGGUGUGCCAUGCAGUUCGAUUGGGUAGAGAAGAACUAAGCAUUUAAUGUGCUAAUAUAAGUGUCGUAUUGACGCUCACCGUGGUAUGUGUUUGUUAAAUGUUCAAAUAUGCAACAUUUUCUACUUUCCAAUAAUGUUCAAUUGUCAAUAUGUUUACGACAUCUCUUGAAUAAAUAUAGUUUUAACUAACUUA